GAUACAGGUGAAAAUGCUGUGGGGGUCUGCCUUGUUUUGUAAACUGUGCUUUUCUCUGAUAUCCCUUGAUCUUGUUGUUUGUUUGGAUGACGCACUUGUUGGUCACCUAAAGCCGUUCGGUCGUCAUCGAGAACCUGAUGUUGUCACAGAAGAACGAGAAACAGUACCUCACCCUUCGGAGUUUUGGGCAAGUUACGUUUCACAAAACAAACCUGUCGUCUUUAGAGGAGCCGCGAAGCAUUCCAGGGCAUAUGAGUUGUGGACAGAAGAUUUUUUAAUCUCAGAAUAUGGGAAUCUCACUGUGCGGCUCGAAGCGCGAGCUGAAAGUAAUGACAGAGCACCAGUUGGUGAAGCUGGAAUUCUUGGUAGGGAUACAAUAAAACAUUUUAUACACAACUACCAGACUAUGGAUGCUUACGUGAUUUCACAGAUUCCGCAGCCAAUGGAAAGAGAUAUAGGAAUACCCCCAUGUUUAAGAUGUGGGUCAUUUUCAGAAGCUAUUCAAGAGGUGCAUCUGUUUCUCAGUGCUCGUGGCGGCCAAACAAAACUGCACCAGGAUCCAUACAGUAACAUACAUUGUAUAUUUAAUGGCACCAAAGACUGGCUUCUAGUUCACCCAGAUCAAACAGAUCUUGUCUACAUGUCUGAUGACUCCAAGUUUGAAUGGGGAGGAUACUCAGAGAUUAAUGUUGAUUCAAUUGACCUGGAAGUAUUUCCAAAGAUCAAAGAUGUGCAUUAUUCUAAAGUAACAAUGAAUAAGGGCGACUGCAUUUUUAUGCCUGGAGGUUACUGGCACCAAGUACGUUCAUGGGGUUACAUGAAUUCUGCCGUGUCCAUUUGGUUUUCACAGUUGAAACAGUUUUUGGACAAAGGCUGUGAUGAAGCAAAAAUUUCUUUUACACCCAUGAACAAAGUGAUGGUGUUAUGGCAGUACUCUGGUCAUGGCGAACUUACUCAAGGACACAUGGAUAUUCACAUUUUGAGACGGUUCUUGUUGACAUUAUCUGAUCGAGAAGGAAAGAUCUGGCUGAAUGAUUUUGUCACAAAUUACUUUGAUAGUGAGAGUAACAAGAGAGAUGUCAUGAGAAAAGACGAGCAGGAAAGAGCAAGAAAGCUUGUUGAGUUCCUCGACUCUGAUGGCAAUGGUUACAUCACUCAAGAAUACAUACAGAACCUUACUAUCGAUCAGUUGAAGGAUGUGCUGUUAUUUAUUGACCCAACUGAUGUGUCGAAUACUGAAGAGUUUGAGUACAGCCACAUUGAUGCUGAUGAUAUUGAAAAUCUGCUCACUCAUUGCCAUGAUGCAAGAGGAAACUUUGACAGAGAACAGUUUGUUUCAAGUUAUGUAGAGGAACUUGGUGGAACUCCUAGCAAGGCCACUGAGAUUGUUGAAAAUCUUGGAGCACAUGAUAAAGACAUUGCUGUGGCAGACAUUGCAGGUCUCAUUCCACAAGCCCUACACAAGUUUCACAGUUCCAAAGUACACGAUCCUUCAUUUGAACGAAAGAUGUAUCAACACCUACACCAGCACAAUGAACUAUGAUCAAAUACAGCUAACCCGUCAGAACUGACCUGAACAUGGAAAUUCUCUGCGGUUCAUUGGGUGGCGAGAAGAAUUUAAGAUCAUACAAUUAUAAUAAUUAUUAUUUAAUUAAAAUUUCUCUUUUGCAUCAGUUCCUGCAUCUUCAUUAGCUUGUACAUGUUUUCUUAUGAUAAUAUUUUAUCAUGAAUUUCAAGAUAAAAUGCCAAUCACUUGGAGUGACUGUGAAGGUUGCCAUAAUGCUGCCACUUGUCAAAGUUUUUGAUUAGCGGUAAUAAUUCAAAUAUAGGAUUAUAUUCAUUACACAUUAAAGUACAGAAUUUAUGCACAUCUCUUUAUAAAGUAUCCUUGUUGCACAUUAUCUAAACUAACCAGACAAACGAAAUAAAGUGUAUUUCAACGUUAUAAAUACAUUUUUACCUUAAAAAUAUUACAGAUAUGCUAACGUCUCCUCCUUAAUACGAAAAUUUCAAUAACUGGGCACACAUCAAAAUACAACGUUUUUAAAAAUAAUUUAAUAUACAAUGCACAAUGUGGACACAAAAUGGUACUUAAUACAAUUUGUUAAUUAAAGGGUGUUUUAGGUAA